AUGCUUCAUCUUAUUCACAAUUCACCUGUCGAAAGACAAACUAAGAGAAGAAGAAUUGACAUUGGAGUGAAAAGGACUGUAGGUACCAUCUCUAUAACUUUAAAAGCAAAUAUUUUAUGUCACAUGAACCCCUACGAUCAUUAAAAUAAUGUAAAAUCUUCUGUGGUGCAGCAUGAAAACAGUGAAAAGUCCGAUGUGCUUCGCAAGCUGCUGAAGCCAGAAAUCUCUUAUGAAGACACCAUGAUAUCCUUUCCCAGAGCCUCCAUAAUAUCCCAGCUGCUAAAAAACAGCUUGACCAAAAACAGACCCGGCGACUCAGACUUCCAGGGUAACGGCUUCUCCGGGACGGACUCCGAGACCCACCAGGAAGAUUCCUGCAGUACCUCGUCACGGUGCAGCCCUCAGGAAUGUUUGCCUCCUUUCAAAGGAUCGUCAUCCAUGGCGCAGUUCGAUAUCGAUCGGUUCACAGACGAGCACCUGAGGGCUAAACGCGCCAGGGUGGAGAAUAUAAUCCGUGGGAUGUGCCACUCUCCCGAUGUCGCCCUGUGCACUGGGGAGAACGAGCGCGAGGCGGCGCAUCAGCCGCCCAGCCCACGCGAAGGGUACAGGGAAAACAAGCGCAAGCAGAAACUGCCCCAGCAGCAGCACGGUUUCCAGAGGCUCGUCACGGCCUGCGAGGGGCGUAAGCACGAAGAUCGGGAGCAUCUUAAACUGCAGCUGGAGGAAAUGCAAAGACAGCUCCGCCAGCUGCAAGAGAAGUUCUAUCAGAUAUACGACAGCACCGACUCCGAAAACGACGAUGGGAACCUCUCGGAGGACAGUGUGCAAUCGGACAGAGUCGACAAUAUCCCCCCGUACUCGGCUCUAUGUUGUUCAGACAACGAGAUGUCAGACCCAGAUCCGGGACACAUCUCGGACAAAGCCCAACUCUUUCACGAACAAACUUCUGUCUCAGAGAGAGAAAAUCCAAAGCAGGACAACUCUCAGGGGAAAGGUCAGGGACUGACCGUCUUGCACGCGGAAGGGAAACACCUAGCGGAAAGGCUAAAAAAGGAGCUCAACACUACCAUGUCUCAGGUGGUGGAUGCAGUGGUAAAGGUCUUUGCGAAGCCACAGUAUACACCUCCUCUGGGAUUUCCCUCGGUCCAGAUGCCCUUGGACCACUUUCCAGUAAAUCACGAGAACUUUCACACCAGUAACCAGCACUUGCAGUGUUUUAGUGAUCUCAUCAUUCCUAAUCCCAUCGAUUCGUUCGCCAGCAUGCAGGUUCUCGGCUCAAACGACCAAACGGAAGCUCUGCCCCUAGUGGUGAGAAAGAACUCGACCGAAAAAGUGGGCACUCAACACACGACAGGCGGCCACCAACACCCCGCUCUUCACCCAUCGCCGUUUUCCACAACUAUGCCCUUUAGACCUUCAUCCUUCCGCCAUCCCUUUCCUCUUCAUGUCAUGGGUUACCCUUUCCAAAGCCCGCUAGGUGCACCAACCGGGCCUUAUCCAGUAAAUGAGGGAUCCUCCCCUGAAUCCAUGGACCUUUCUAGAGAAACCAAUAGCCUACGGAUUAAGAUGUCGUCCAAAAGUCUUGGUCAUCAUCAUCCAAUCUCGCCAACGCAUCCGGGGAAUUGUGGCAGCCUUUCUUCAUCACUUAUUAAGUCUGAAUGUGGGGACAUUCAAGAUCUGUCUGAUAUUUCUCCAUUUUCAGGAAGUCAAAUUCAAGAAGGACUCUCUCCCAACCAUCUAAAGAAAGCCAAGCUGAUGUUUUUUUAUGCACGUUACCCCAGUUCCAACAUGCUGAAGAUGUUCUUCUCUGAUGUGAAGUUCAACCGCUGCAUCACAUCUCAGCUAAUCAAGUGGUUCAGCAACUUCCGUGAGUUCUACUACAUUCAGAUGGAGAAGUUUGCUCGGCAGGCCAUCAAUGACGGCGUAACUGAAUCUGAGGAACUGACGGUCAGUCGGGAGUGCGAGCUUUACCGCUCUCUCAACAUGCACUACAACAAGGCUAAUGAUUUUGAGGUCCCGGAGCGAUUUCUGAAAGUGGCCCAGAUUACAUUACAGGAGUUUUUCAACGCCAUAGUCGCAGGCAAAGAUGCCGAUCCUUCCUGGAAGAAGGCCAUAUACAAGGUCAUCUGCAAGCUGGACAGUGAGGUCCCGGAAAUAUUUAAAUCUUCAAACUGUCUGCAGGAGCUUCUACAUGAGUAGCAACUGCCUACAUCUGCGCUCUCUUCUUUUUAGAUACAGUAUAUUUAUCAUUUUUAAAGAUCCAAACUGUUUGUUAUUUAUUUGUGGUUAAUUUGAUUUGAUCCUUACUGAGUUUCGCUGUGCUGCCUGUAAACAGGGCAUUAUUUUUAUCACAAGAUGGAUAGAUGAUAGAGUUGAUAGCGAGUGUUGUUAUGAUUAAACCAUUUUAUUUUAGCCUGUAUUGAACUAAUUCAGAUAGUUAUUAUUAUAAUUGAUGUAUUAUUGAUUACAGAACAAUUGUUGUAUUCUUAUUUGUCAUGAACGUUCUGCAUAAAACACAUGAAUAAAUCGUUUAUUAUUAUUUAAACCAAAA